AUGAGCUUACACCUGCGAGGUAUCCUUGGAAUGUUUUACCUGCUGGCAGCCACGGUAGCUCUGGCCGUGCAUGGGACAGAGGCUCAGUUCUACUACCCGAUGGCAAUGCCGGUGCCGGCCACUACGAAUCUACCGGAGCUCUCAGUGGAGCACCGGCAACGCUUCUUGCUCUACAACCCCUUCAAUGGCCAGCAGCUGGAGCCGCUGCGAUACAUGUCCUUUCUGAGGGGCGGCAAGGCGCCAGGCGGAGCAGUCAGUGGGAACCUUGUGGAGCUGCCGCAGCUGUGGCAGCCCUGCUCCUGCGCUGAGUUCACCUGUCGGUGCUGCCUCGGCCUGGUCUUCGGAUUCGGGGAGUCCUUCAACCAGCGAGUGUGCACGUCCAUCGAGUACAGCCGGGCCGAGCUGGGGCUCCGCCUGAACAUCGAAGUUAACCAGCGGUCUGUGGCCAACUUUGGCUUCUCGGCCCGCAAUCCGCCGGACUACUGCGUCCCGCUGCUUCUGCCGCUCCCGCUGUUCAGCUGCCUACGGCUCUACGACAUCCAGGCCUACGGAGAGGGCAACGUGCAGGUCUGCAUCUCGGUGGUGUUCAAGGUGCUGGUCAGCCAGUUCUUCGAGUAUCGCUUCAAUUGCAUCCGCUUUGGAGUCAAUGGAGUGUACUUUGUGCCCGACUCGCAACAGCAGGACCAGGACCAAGGCCAAGGCCAGGCCGUGGAAGUGGAGCUGGACAAGAAAAUGGACGCACAAGCACAAGAGCAGGGCUCCCAGCGCUUCAAUCUCGCUAAUGACAAAUUGGCCUCUGGCAGCCGCUUGGAUUUCCAUCCCAUCUAAUGUGUGUCUUUCUCUUGUUGUCUACCAUUUUUCAUCAUGAUCCAUUCCAUUCCAUGCCUCAUUCUACGAGUAUUACACGUUAAGUGAAAAAGUGAAAUUUCUGUUAAUUAAAAAGCUUUUUAUUCCGAGCCCCAACCUCACCAGCGCUGACGAACUGAGCGCUAUGAAAAUUGUGAAAAUUGCCAAUAAAACUCGAGCCUUACUUCGGUUUUGUGUGAGCGAUGAUGCGACUGCCUCAGAUUUGUAUCUCAGCCAUGGCACACACACACACACACACACACUGUGCACCCAGGCUUCUGCUCUGCAUGAGAGUGUAAAAUAUACUUACAAUAUAGUAUAUACUUACUCUUACUCGUACAACACACCUACUUCUGGCCACUUUCGUUAACGAGCGCGCACAUGGCAAUUAUUUUUCUGGUCGCUAUCGGCGCACUCAUCUGAGGCAUCUUCUGCCUGACUACUUAUGCUCCGAAUGGAGGAGAGGCGAGGCUAGGGCUGGCCCAGACGGAGACGCAGACUUUCGACCCCCUAAAUUGUUGUGGUAGAUCCGUAGGGUGUCCCUACGACAUACCGAAUAGACCAUGAA